UGAAAACAUCGUGGGAGGAAGGCUCAGAGUGAACCAGCGGGUGGCGAAACACGAAUGGCUUCUCCAGAGCUGCUUCCCGCAAACGAGGGAGGCAAACAGCCCGAUCGGCCCGACGUCCUUGACCGGGUUUCGAGCGCGCUGUGUGUCCGCAAGUCGGGCGGAUCAACAGGAGGAGCGCUCCCGGGGGAGGGCUGCUGUAACCCGGCACGCAGCUGCCAUGACCGGUGUCAUUCAGCGCCAAGGACGGCGCCGCGCAAAGGAGGCGCGGAGGUUAAACUCGGUCACCUCGGCGAGGAGAAAGUCCGGGUUUGCUGCGACGAGGAAUUAGAGACAUCUUUCACCUAUAUUGAUGAGAAUGUGAACCUGCGACUGGCCAGCCCGGAGACUAGUUGUAAAGGUUCUCACAGACCCGUGCGCAACGGUGAGCCUUGCUCCGAGACUUUCCCGGAGUUUUCCUUCAUGUCCGAGGAUGAUCUCUCCUUCGGGGAGGGCUCCGGUACUUCUAUAGACUACGGGUUUAUCAGUGCAGUCACGUUCUUGGUGACCGGGAUCUCCUUGGUGAUCAUUUCCUACGCCGUGCCAAGGGAUGUGGUGGUGGACCGUGACAGCGUGUCGGCGAGGGAGAUGGAGAGGCUGGAGAUGGAGAGCGCCCGAAUAGGUGCCCACCUGGAUCGGUGUGUCAUAGCGGGACUGUGCCUGCUCACGCUGGGCGGCGUGGUGCUCUCCACGCUGCUUAUGAUCUCCAUGUGGAAGGGGGAGAUGUACAGGAGAAAGGUCAUCGCUUAUUCCAAGCGUUCAGCCAAACAGUAUGGCUCCAUCAGCCUGAAAACUAGAUCCAGCCCAAGCCAUUCUUCUGUGCACUUGUCCCUGGAGGAGGAAAUAGAAGAAACUUUGACUUAA